CGAUUCGCGGCUCGGCGCUCAGCCGGCCGGGCUGCGUAGCCGGGCCUCGACCCGACGCGGGGCGGGACUUCCGGCGGGGCCGCCGCCGCCGUGCCGCGAGCAGCGUCGCAGAGAGUGGGCCUGCUCUGAACCAUGGAAGGAAGGAACCGGGAAUGAUGGACUGAGUCUCCUCAUUUUCUAUAAGUCGUCAUGUUGGAAGGGCUGAUAGCGUGGGUCCUCAACACUUACCUGGGCAAAUAUGUCAGCAACCUGAACACAGACCAGCUCUCAGUAGCUCUCCUCAAAGGGGCCGUAGAGUUGGAGAACUUACCGCUCAAGAAGGAUGCCUUGAAGGAAGUGUUGCCAUUUGAAGUGAAAGCUGGGUUUGUCGGCAAGAUCACCUUGAAGAUCCCGUUCUACCGUCCCCACAUCGACCCCUGGGUGAUCUCGGUCUCCAAAUUGUACCUCAUCGGCUCGCCCGAAAAGCAAGAGGACUUUGUCGAAGCGAGAGAGAGGCUGCUGGAUCAGGAGAACAAGAAAGCGUUUCUCCUCGCUCUGGAAGAAAAAUGGAAAAAAGAACGGGAGCAGAUUGGAGAAUCUUAUUGGUAUUCAGUCACCGCCUCGGUUGUCACAAAGAUUGUGGAGAACAUCGAGCUCAACAUUCAAGAUGUCCACCUGAGAUUUGAGGAUGGGGUCACCAACCCCUCCCGGCCUUUUGCCUUUGGCGUCUGCAUCAAACACGUCUCCAUGCAAAAUGCCACGGGCGAGCCGGUGGAGGAGCUAAUGAAGAAGAAACAGCUGGAUAUUUCCGACUUCAGCAUCUACUGGGACAGCAGCUGUAGCCUGUGGGGAGACUUGCUCCCUGGGGAGCUGCAGGAAGCUAUGGAUAACAGCAUGGAAAACCGGGAUCAUAAGUACAUUGUGGAGCCCGUGUGUACAUCUGCCCUCCUCAAGAGAAACUGCUCCAAGGAACCCCUCCGCUCUCGGAAUAGGCCACGCCUGGAGUUUGACAUCCAGCUGGAAACAAUCCCUUUGAAGCUUUCCCAGAUGCAGUACCGACAAAUUAUGGACUUUCUGAAAGAACUGGAAAGAAAAGAACGGCAGCUCAAAUUCAGAAAAUGGAGACCGAAAGUCACAGUGAUGGGAAACUGCCAAGAAUGGUGGCACUUCGCCCUGAACACCCACCUGGCCGAGAUCAGAGAGCAGAAGAAGCGUUCUUCCUGGGAAUUUGUGUUGCGUCGCGCUCACGAUGCAGUCUUAUACACAGAUUUGUACUACAAGAAGUUGAAGGAUUUGCUGCUUUCGGAGGAAGAGCAGGAGGAAAUGGAACGCAUCGAAGACGAGCAGGCGUUUGAAGAGCUGAAAAUCCUACGGGAAGUAGUUUACAACCGGUUCCAGGAACUGGCUGAGACCACGAAGAAGCCCGAUUUUCUGGAUUCCACCUCGGAGGCUGACCUGGGAGGCGGCCGCAACAGCAGCAGUGGGAUGCUGCGGUACCUCCAGUCCUGGUUCCCCGGAUGGGGAGGUUGGCACAGCCAGUCCCAAGAAGCGCUGGAAACCAAGGCCAUCGAAAAGCUCCUUUCGGACACCGCGGAAGAGUGGCGGCAGGAGGAGAUGACCGGAGCUGAUGAUUUUUUUGAUCCAGCGACCGAUGUCUCCAGCAUAAAUACCUUCACCAAGAGGGACCACGUCCUGGUCAAACUAAACCUUUGGCUGCAAGGUGGCUCCAUCACGCUGUUGCAUGCAGCGAAGAACAGCCGACAGGCCAGCGAGAAGGCCUUCAUGCAGCUGCAGUUUUCAGGCGUGACCAUCCUGGCGGAAACGCUCCCUCGCAGGAAUUCCUCUCUCCUGAAAGUUCAGCUUGGAAGCCUCUUUGUCCGAGACUUAGCCACCGAAGGGACCAUAUUUCCAGUCCUUGUCUUCCCUAAUCCGCUCAAAGAAGUCGGCUGCGCCUCUUCCGUCAGCCUCCAGACCUCAUCUUCCGACACUAGCAACCAAAGCAGCGAAGAUGCUGUUCCAGUUUUUGAAAUGCUGUAUGAGAAAAACCCGGCUCGCAGCAAUUUUGAGAGACGGUUGGAGGUCAGCACCCAACCCCUGAAUAUUAUUUACAACCCCCAAGCCAUUAAGAAAGUAGCUGACUUUUUCUACAAGGGCAGAGUUCUUUCCUCAGGUUUUGGAUGUCAGUCUGAGCUGGAACUGAGAGUGGCCGAAGCUGCCAGAAGACAGUACAACAGGCUCAAGAUGCAAACCAAGGCUGAAAUCCGCCAGACCAUCGACCGGCUGCUUGUCGGGGAUUUUAUUGAGGAAAGCAGGCAUUGGUCCAUCUGCCUGGAUAUCUCUGCCCCUCAGGUGAUCUUCCCGGACGACUUCAAAUUUUCAGACCCUGUUUUGGUCGUGAUUGAUUUGGGCAGAAUGCUGCUUACUAAUUCUCAAGAGGAGCACAGAAAGAAGAGUCCGGACAGCCCGUCUCUAGAGCUGAGCGAUUUGAGUGACGACGAAUACAAGACUCCUCUUGCUACCCCUCCCAACAGCCCCCCUCCUGAAGCCCACCUGACUGGAGAGGAGGACAAAAACAGAGAGGAGUUUCCGGGCGUGGAAAUUAGCGAAGAGCAACUCCAAGCCCACCUGAUGAGCAAAAAAAUGUAUGAGACCUACACCUUGUCCUUCAUGGACCUGCAGAUCAUGGUGGGGCGAGUGAAAGACAACUGGAAGUACGCCCAAGACAUCGAGGUGGGCCCAACCCACAUGGUGGAGAAAUUCAACGUCCAUUUACAGCUGGAGCGACGGUUGAUCUACACUUCCGAUCCCAAGUACCCCGGAGCUGUCCUGUCUGGGAACCUCCCUGAUUUGAAAAUACACAUCAACGAGGACAAAAUCGUGGCCUUGAACAACUGUUUCGGCAGGCUGACCACCCCUGACUUGGAAACCCCGGGCCCUUUGCAGGUCGGGAAAGAGCCUCCAGGCUUGGAGCAGCGUGGAAGCCUGCACAGCUCUGUGGUGAACUUGACCCAGAGCGUCAUCCUGGUGGAACAACACACCAAAGAAGUCCUGGUGGAGUCGCAGCUGCUCCUGGCGGAGUUCCAGGUCAACUGCAUGCAGCUGGCCGUCGAGAGCAACGGCCGCUACAUCGCGGUCCUCAAGGUGUUCGGCACCAACGCUCACUUUGUGAAGAGGCCUUACGACGUCGAGGUCUCCCUCACGGUCCACGGCCUGCUCUUGGUCGACACCAUGCAGACCUAUGGCUCCGAUUUUGACCUCCUGAUGGCAUCGCACAAGAACCUCAGUUUUGACGUCCCGACGGGGAGUCUACGGGACAGCAAAGCUCAGUCCCCGGCGAAUGUCCUUAGCGAGCCCCUCUUAGUCCAGGAUGUCUCUCUCGCCGAGAAGUUCACCCUGACGUCCCAGAGGCUCUCAGGCGUGUCUCCGAAGCGAGACGAGUCCUUAAUCAAGCUGGAAUACCAAUUUGUCACCGCCGAGUGCCCUUCGAUGAAUUUGGACAGCUCCCUCCAGGUGCUGACGGUCCAGAUGAACAACCUGGACAUCAUCCUGAACCCGGAGACGAUCGUCGAGCUCAUCGGCUUCCUCCAGAAGUCCUUCCCGAAGGAGAAGGACGACGGCAGCCCCCAGCCCCUAAUGACCGAUGCCGAGAAGACCCUGCACGAGCGAGAGAUUUUCCAAUCCACCCAUUCCCAAAGCACGGAGGUGGCCGUGGAGAUCCACUGGCUGAACAUCCUCCUGCUUCGGACGGUCACCCUGCUCAACCGAGAGAAGUUCGGCCGGAAGAUUGCCACGGCCAGCAUCGGGGGCACCAAGGUGAACGUCUCCAUGGGCAGCAGGCUGGAGGUGAAUGGGUCUCUGGGCUGCCUGUAUCUGAUGGACCUGACCCAGGACAACGUGAGGAACCAGUACGUGGUCAGCAUCGGGAACACGGAGCGGUACGGCGUGGGCUACGCCAAGCCCACCUUUCCCCAGUUUGAGGAUGCCAGUAGCCUCCCCGAUGCCUUGAGCUUCACCUUUCAGGAGCAGUCCCCCGUGGAGUGCUCCCUUCUCCUCCAGAUGGCCUCCCUCCAUUACAACCACUCGGCCAAGUUCUUAAAGGAGGUAUCUCUGUCACUGGACGAGCUGGAAGAGAACUUCCGCAGCAUGCUGAAGACCGCGGCCAGCAGAGUGACCACCGUCCUGGCCACCAAGACGGCGGAGUACAGCGAGAUGGUGUCUCUCUUCGACACGGCGCCCAAAUCCAGAGACCCCUUUAACCUGGAGCACGACGAAGGGGACGAGCCCGCUCCCCUGUACCCCAAGGCGGAAACCAUCAAGCUGGUCUUAAACGUGAAGAUCGAGUCGCCCGUGGUCUCCAUACCCCGUAAGCCGGGCAGCCCCGAACUCCUGGUGGGUCACUUGGGACAGAUCUCCAUCCAGAACUUUGUGACGGGCGAAGACAACCUGAGGAGCGACCGCCUGCAGGUGGAGAUCAAAGACAUCAAGAUGUAUUCUCUAAAUUGCAGCCACUUGGCCGGGAAGAAGGACUCGCCGCCGGAGGCGUGGCCCGUUCUGCCCUUGCCAUUGGGCAAUCCCACCAGCUGCGGCUACCAGGAAGAGUCGCAGUUCACUCGACACGAUUUUUUUGAGUCUUUACACAAAGGCCAAGCUUUCCACAUCCUGAACAACGCCACCAUCCAGUUCAUCCUGGAAAAGAUCCCCAUUGAGUGCGGCGCGGAGCUGGCCUUCUCUCUGAGCGACGAUGUCAACAUUGCGAGCCUGAUGAGAAUCGAGGGGAAGUUUGUCAACCCUCUGCAGGUGAUUUUAGCCAAGCACGUCUUCGAGCAACUGAUGCAGACGCUGGACAACCUUGUCUGCAAUGAGGACUUGACCAAGCCACCGUCCAGCUUCCCGUCGCCCGCCUACUCCAGCUUGGGUUCCCCUUCCGCCUCGCUUCGGAGCCUAAGCGCCGAUUUCUCCCUCGGCCGAAAGGAAAACGGCUUCUUCACCCACUCCAGCUUCUCCACCGCCCAAUCUCUGCCGCCAGUCAAGGGAGCGGCCCAAACUUUCACGCAGCUCCAAGCCACGUUCCACAUCGCCCAGCUCCAGGUUCAGCUGAGUGGCGACCUUACCCUGGGAGCCCAAGGCCUGGUCAGCUUAACCUUUCAGGAUUUCGACGUGGAGUUCUCCAAGGACCAUCCCCAGACCUUGUCCAUCCAGAUCGCCUUGCGUUCUCUGCUGAUGGAGGAUCUCCUGGAGAAGAACCCGGAUUCCCUGUACAGGAACCUCAUGGUCUCCCACGGGGCCCCCAAACCUUCCCACUUGGCGCACAAGGAGUAUCUCUCUCAGUCCUGCCCGCUGGUCUCCAACGUGGAGUACCCGGAGAUGCCACGUUCUCUCCCCUCUCACAUGGAGGAGGCCCCCAACGUCUUCCAGUUCUACCAGCGGCCUUCGUGCGCCUCUCAGCCCAAGCACAGAGAGGACGCCGAGACGGGCUGUCCCAUGACCCCACCGCCGUCCCCCACGGCCAAAGAGUUGAGCGCCCCCACCGGGAAGAGCGACUUUGACGACUCCUUGGUGCACGUCAACGUUCUCCUGGUGGACAAGAAACACCCGGAGUUCGCCUCGCGCUACGGCAAGACCCACCGCAGCGUGGACAUCGACUUCAACUGCCUGGACGUCCUGAUCACUCUGCAAACCUGGGUGGUGAUCCUGGAUUUCUUUGGGAUCGGGUCCACGGCCGAGAAUCACGGGCUGAAGGUGCAGAGCGGAGAGGCCCAGCAGGCGACGAAAUCGGAAAUAAAUCCCUUGCCGGACAACGAGGUGCCAGAGGAGUCUGUAAACGCCAAACUGGAUCUGAAGGUCCAUUCUCUGUCCAUGGUGCUGAACAAGGCAACCAACGAACUGGCCAAAGCGAACGUCUCCAAACUUGUCACUCACCUGGAAACGGCAGAAGGCGACCUGACCUUUCGGGGAAGCAUCGGAAGUUUCUCCUUAAGCGACCUGACCUCCCACGGGGAGCUUUACCGAGAGCGCUUCACCACCAGCGGCCAAGAGGCCCUCAUCUUUCACGUCCUCAGGUAUGGCCGGCCGGACUUGUCCCUUCAGAGAGAGUGUGACAUGCGUGUCAGCCUGCGGAUGGCUUCGGUGCAGUACGUUCACACCCAGCGCUUCCAAGCUGAGGUCAUCUCCUUCAUCCAGCAUUUUACACAACUGCAGGAUGUCCUGGGCCGUCAGAGGGCAGCCGUUGAAGGACAAACGGUGAGGGACCAGGCCCAACAAGCAGCCAGGAUUCUUCUGGACAUCGAAGCGGGAGCUCCUGUGCUCCUUAUUCCCGAAAGCUCCAGAUCCAGCCACCUUAUCGUAGCCAACCUGGGAAAACUAAAAAUCAAGAACCGCUUCCUCGUGGCGGGCAGUUCCGCUACCUUCUCGCUCCAAGAUAAGGACCCUGUUCUGCUUUCCUCACCGCUGGGGACCCCAAAGCAUAACGCGAAGAAAACUCCGAGUGGCGAGAAGGCGCCCCGUUUCUCUGACGGUUUGCACACACAAGAGUCCUCUUCCGUGCCAAUUCUCAGCAGUCAGAAAAAUGAGCACACCCCGGAAAUUGAGGCAAAACAGACCCCUUCCUCUCCUUUCUCCUCGGUGGAUAAUCCUGAGGGACACGCCUGCCUCCUGGACUGCAUCAUGGUCGACCUGCAGGACAUGGACAUCUUCGCUGCCGAAAGGUGUUCCCGCGAAUAUUCCCAGCCCGUGAAAGACGCUUCGGUGGAUUUGACCUUCCCGUCUUUCGUCAUCAGGCAGACGGGAGGCAGCCUCUUAACGGAGCCCUUUCGGCUGAAAUUGCAAGUGGAGAGGAACCUGGACAGGGAGAUCAGCCACGCCGUGCCGGAUAUCUGCGUCCACGGCAUUGUCUCGUCAGUCCACUGUUCCCUGGACCUGAACAAAUACAAGCUGAUUCGAGGCCUCCUGGAGGACAAUCUGGGGGAGCCGGUGGAAGAGUUCAUACGGCCCUACGACCUGCAGGACCCCAGGAUACACACGGUGCUGAGUGGCGAGGUCUACACCAGUCUGUCCUUCCUCAUUGACAUGGUCAACGUGAGUCUGGAGCUGACCAGCCCCCAGGCUAAGCAAGGCUCACUGGCCAGGUUUGACUUUAAAAAAUCAAAGCUGCUCUUUCAGAGUUUCUCCAAUCAAACCAGAUCCAUCAACCUGGUCUCCCAUUCCAUGAUGGCGUUUGACACGCGAUACGCUGGGCUGAGGCCUCCUUCCGCCACGCCCAACGUCUUCAGCUGCAUUUUCCAGCCUUCGAAAAACAGCAGUUCUCAAGGAGCCAUCCAGAUUGAGCUGCAUUACAGAUCUACAAAGGAGUCCUCCUCCUUCACGGUCGUCCUGAACAACCUCCGUGUCUUUCUCAUCUUCGACUGGCUGGUGCUGGUCCACGACUUCCUUCAGACCCCCAGCGACCCCAAAAGGCCAUCCAACCCGCCUCCCUCUCGCCAACGUAGCCUCGGUGGCGAACCGGCGGUCAUUCCCAAAGCGGUCAAGUGCGGGAUAGUCACCAAGCGUUCUUCUCUCCAGAUCUCCACCGAGAAACAGCUGGAGGUCAAGAUCAAUGUGACCGAUACGGAGUUCGUGGUGGUGGAAGACAUGACCUGCACGGACACCAACGCGGUGAUUCUGAAGGGGACGACCGUCCUGACCUAUAAGCCCAAACUGGUGGACCAUCCUUUCUCCGGAAGCCUGUCGGGCAUCGAGGUGUUCUCCUGCCGGCUGGGCAACGAGCAGGAAACGGCCCUCUCCAUCCUCGAUCCAGCCCUGAUCCAGGUCGAACUGGUGGGGAACUCUUCCUAUCCAAACGGAUCGGGUCUGUUGGAUGCUUUCAACGGGGGAGACUUCCCUCCCCUUCUAGAGAUCCAGUUGCAAACCCUGGACAUUCGACUCUCUUACAACGACGUCCAGCUCUUCCUGGCGAUCGCCAAGUCCAUUUCUAAGCAGACCAGCGGGGGGCUACCGAGCCCUCCUGCCGCCGUGGACCCUUCGGCUCCUACGGGCGCCUCUGGUGUAAAUGAGGUCUCGGGAACCGCCGCAGAACGAACCGAGACCGCUAAGCGGCUGCUGGAUCCGGUUCUGGAGGUGCAGCUGGCCCGCCUGCAGGAACUGGGAUUCAGCCUGGAUGACUGUCGCAAGGCUCUCCUGGAUUGUCAAGGUCAGCUGAAGAAAGCGGCCAGUUGGCUGUUCAAGAACGCCGAGCCUCUGAAACGCUCCGGGUUCGAUUCCAGCAGUCCCGACGGGCAGAACUCCAGGGCUCUCCGACUCAUCUCCGGAGUGGAAGUCAAAGCUGAAAGCAUCUGCAUUUGUUUUAUCGACGACUGCAUGGACUGUGACGUUCCUCUGGCCGAGCUGACCUUUUCCCGUCUGAACUUCCUUCAGCACUUGAGAGCCAGCCCGGAAGGCUACGCCCAUUUUACGCUCUCCGGCGACUAUUACAACCGCGAACUCUCCGGCUGGGAACCGUUCGUGGAGCCUUGGCCCUGCUCCGUCUUUUGGCAGUGCCAGCCGGCCAGCCGCCUCCACCCGUCCCGGCUGAAGCUGGAAGUGAAGGCGAAGCACCGUCUGGACGUCAACGUCACCUCCAGGCUUCUUGAGCAAUAUGCCAGCACCAAGCAGUCCUGGAUGGCCGAUUACUGCAGCCAGGAGAUAGAAGCCCCGGAGCUUGAAUCGGAAGAGUGGGGGGCUGGCUCUUCGGUGGAUCCCCCUUCCUUUAGGCAAGGCCUUCCUCUUGCCUACCUUAGAACUAGGAGCACAGCCAGUCUGACUAACCUAGAGCACCAGAUGUAUGCUGGAGCUGAAAUGAAGGCGCCUAAGCGGAGGCAGCCCUUUGUGCCCUUCGCUCUGCGGAAUCACACCGGUUGCACUCUCUGGUUUGCCACGAUGACCACCACCCCGACUCGAGCGGCCCUCCUGCACAGCGGGAGCCCCCCGGUCCUGCCAGAAGAAAACAAGACCUUUCUGGACGAAGCCCACAAAGUCAGCGAGUGGCGGGAGGUCCUCGCGGGAGAAGAGGUCCCCUUCGCCUUCGAAGCCAAGGGGAAACUGAGGCACAGGCAUACCCACGAUCUGAGAAUUCACCAGCUGCAAGUAAGAGUCAACGGCUGGGAGGCCGUCAGUCCUGUGUCCGUUGACAAAGUGGGAAUAUUUUUCCGGUAUGCGGCUCCCGAUAAAAGCAAUUCUUCCUCCACGGUUGGCAGCCCAAUUAGUAGAACCAACAUCAUCCAUCCACAGGUUUAUUUCUCUUCAUUGCCUCCCGUUCGCGUGGUCUUUGCGGUGACCAUGGAGGGCAGCGCCCGGAAGGUUAUAACGGUCCGUUCUGCCUUGAUUGUGAAAAACAAACUUGAGAUGCCAAUGGAGCUGAGGCUGGACAGUCCUUCAGCCCCGGACAAACCCGUGGUGCUCCCGGCGGUGAUGCCCGGCGACUCCUUUGCCGUCCCCCUGCACCUGACCUCCUGGCGCCUCCAGGCCAGGCCCAAGGGCACCGGCGUCUUCUUCUGCAAGUCUCCCAUCCACUGGACCAACGUCCAGAAGGCUUCAGAGGUCUGCAGCAGCAAGCGGGAGUGUCACUCCAUGGAGCUGGACAACAGCCGGUUCUUCAGGUUUUGCGUGGCUAUAAAGAAAGAGAACUACCCAGACUACAUGCCUUCCAGCAUCUUCUCCGACAGCGCCAAGCAGAUUUUCAGGCAGCCGGGACACACCAUUUAUCUCUUGCCCACCGUGGUGUUGUGUAACCUGCUGCCUUGCGAACUGGAGUUCUACGUCAAGGGCGUGCCGAUCAACGGGACCCUGAAACCCCGGAAGGAAGCCGUCCUGCACACCGCCGACACUUCCCAGAACAUCGAGCUGGGGAUCUCCCUCGAAAACUUCACCCACUGCAAGGAGCUUCUGAUCCCGCCGGGGACGCAGAAUUACGUGGUGCGGAUGAGGCUGUACGACAACAACCGGCGUCUCUUGAACCUCACCAUCCGGAUCGUGGGCCAAGCCAAAGGGUCCUUGAAGAUACUCAUUUCGGCUCCAUACUGGCUGAUCAACAAAACAGGGUUACCAUUGAUUUUCCGGCAAGACAACGCAAAGACCGACGCGGCCGGCCAGUUUGAAGAACACGAGUUGGCCCGCAGCCUGAGCCCCCUCCUCUUCUGCUACGCCGACAAAGAACAGCCAAAUCUUUGUACCAUGCGGGUUGGGAGAGGCAUCCACCCCGAGGGGAUGCCUGGAUGGUGCCAGGGGUUCUCCUUGGACGGAGGAAGCGGCGUCCGAGCCCUGAAGGUGAUCCAACAAGGAAACCGGCCGGGCCUUAUUUAUAAUAUCGGUAUCGACGUUAAGAAGGGCAGAGGGCGCUACAUGGACACUUGCAUGGUGACCUUUGCACCUCGCUACCUGCUGGACAAUAAAUCCUCACACACCCUCGCGUUCGCCCAGAGGGCCUUUGCCAGAGGACAGGGAACAUCCAACCCCGACGGCUACAUCUCCACCCUCCCGGGAUCCAGUGUGGUCUUCCACUGGCCGCGGAACGACUACGACCAGUUGCUUUGUGUCCGGCUGAUGGACGUGCCCAGCUGCAUUUGGUCCGGAGGCUUCGAGGUCAACAAGAACAACUCCUUCCACAUCAACAUGAGGGACACCCUGGGGCGAUGCUGCUUCCUCCAAGUUGAGAUCACCUUGAAGAGGGCCACGUACUGCGUCUCGUUCAGCGACACCGACAAAUUUCCCCCUCCGUACCGCAUCGACAACUUUUCUAAGGUGCCGGUUGUGUUCGCCCAACACGGCGUGGCCGAGCCCCGCCUCAGCACCGAGGUGAAGCCCUCCACCUCCCUGGACUACGCCUGGGAUGAGCCCAUCCUCCCACCCUACGUCAGCCUGACGGUUAAAGGGGCCGGCUCCUCCGAAGUCACCUGCUGCAUGAACGACUUUCAAGAAAGCAAGCAGCUCUAUUACGAAAACUUCAUCUACAUCGCGGCCUCUUACACUUUCUCGGGGGUCCAGGAAGAGACGGGAAGACCCGUUGCUACGAACAAGGAAGUGGACUGCGCCGAGCUGGUCCUGGACGUCUCUCCCAAGACGCAGAGAGUCAUCUUGAAGAAAAAGGAACCCGGGAAACGCUCUCAGCUGUGGAGGAUGACCGGGACCGGCAUGCUGUGCCACGAAGGCUCGGCGGUCCCCCGUCACCCGAACAAGCCCUCCCCACCUCGCUCGGCAGAGUCCUCCAUGAUUCUGGACAUCGCUGGCUUGGCGGCCGUCACGGACAACAGAUACGAGCCUCUGAUGCUGAGGAAGCCAGACAGACGGAGAAGCACCACCCAGACAUGGAGCUUUCGAGACGGCAAACUUCUGUGCGGCAUGCACGGACUCGCAGUGCAGGCCAAAGGAGGCAGAGCUGGGCUGCGUGAUGGAGCAGAAGUUGUCCUGGGACCCGACACUUCCCUGGAACAGUUGGGUCCCGUCCCUCCGGACCAGCAGUUCAUCAACCAGAAGAUGCGGCCUGGGUCCGGAGCCCUGGCCGUCCAGGUGAUUCCCGACGGUCCCACAAGAGUUCUGCAGAUCACCGAUUUCAACCAGCGCAGAAACGACCGCCUCUCAUACGAAGGGGAGGAGUUGGACCAAGACCUGUGGAAGUUGAAAAAUCCAGACCUGGAGCAAGAGUUGGAAGUCCAGCUGAAAUUGGAAGGAGGGAUCGGCUUGUCUUUGGUUAACAAGGCCCCCGAAGAGCUGAUCUUUGCAACUUUCAUCGGCAUCAAUGUCCAUUUCACCCAGCUGUCCGCCAGCCAAGUGCUGGAACUGAGUAUACAGGAUGUGCAGGUCGACAACCAGCUCCUCCGCACCACUCAGCCCUUCGUGCUGUUCCUCACCCCCAAGAUGGGCGAGAACGAAGUGGCCGAUACGGGCCCAGCCGUGCAGCUGAACGCUAUGAAAUUUCCUAGCAAAACCCCUCUGAGUGACAUAUACAAGCACCUGAUGAUCACAGCAAGCAAGUUUACGGUUCAGAUCGAGGAGAAACUGCUCCUUAAACUGCUCAGUUUCUUCGGCUGCAACCAGUCAGAAUCGGAGGUUGAAAAUUACGACGAAAACCUCCACGAAAAGCCGGCUGGUCAAGAGGUUGCCCGGAAGAGAUACUAUUUCGAAAACCUCAAAAUUAGCGUGCCCCAAAUAAAACUCAGCGUCUUUACGUCUAGCAAGCUCCCCCUGGAUCUCAAGGCACUGAAGAGCACGCUGGGAUUUCCUCUCGUGCGCUUCGAAGACGCCGUCAUAGACCUGGAUCCUUACACCCGGGUCCACCCCUACGAGACCAAGAGCUUCAUCGUCAACGACAUCCUCAAGCACUUUCAGGAAGAACUGCUCAGCCAGGCGGCCAGGAUCCUCAGCUCCGUGGAUUUCCUGGGAAACCCCAUGGGGCUCUUGAACGACGUCUCCGAAGGGGUCACCGGGCUGAUCAAGUACGGCAACGUGGGCGGCCUCAUACGGAACGUGGCUCACGGCGUGUCGAACUCCGCGGCAAAGUUUACGGGAACUUUGUCUGACGGUCUGGGAAAGACGAUGGAUAACCGGCAUCAGACGGAGCGGGAAUACAUCCGAUACCACGCAGCCACCAGCGGCGAACACCUGGUGGCCGGCAUCCAAGGCCUGGCUCACGGCAUCAUCGGCGGGCUGACCAGCGUGAUCACGUCGACGGUAGAAGGGGUGAAGACCGAAGGCGGAAUGAGCGGCUUCAUAUCCGGUCUUGGGAAAGGACUCGUUGGCACCUUAACGAAGCCGGUGGCCGGUGCCCUGGACUUUGCCUCGGAGACCGCCCAAGCCGUCCGAGAGACAGCCACGCUGACCGGCCCCAGGACCCAGGCCGAGCGGAUACGGAGGCCGCGGUGUUGCCGGGGGCCGCAAGGCCUGUUGCCGCGCUACUCGGAGAGCCAGGCGGAGGGGCAGGAGAUCCUCUUCAAGCUGACGGACAACAUUCAGGAUGAGUUCUUCAUCGCGGUGGAGAACGUCGACCGCUACUGCGUGAUCAUCUCUUCCAAAGCGGUUUAUUUCCUCAAGAGCGGAGAGGCCAUGGACCGGGAGGCCAUCUUCCUGGAGGUCAAGUACGACGACCUCUACCACUGCCUUAUCUCCAGGGACCACGGACAGGUCUACGUCCAGCUGACCAAGAAAGCCAUCAACUCCGCCAGCGGCGUGGCAAUGCCCGGCCCGUCACACCAGAAGCCCAUGGUCCACGUAUCAGCGGAGGACGUGGCUGUCUGUCUCUGCCAAGAAAUCAACUAUGCAAAAAGCCUUUUCUACGAACAGCAGUUGAUGCUCCGAUCCAGCGAACACCAGGAACAAUUAGAAUUGGAUUCCUGACCCAGAGAAAAUGUGGGAGGACACACACACACAUACAAACACACACACGCGCCCCCCCUCCCUCGGCUCAGUCAGAGAAUCUGCCCCCUCCCCAGGGCGUAGGAAUAGGAAAGCUUUGGGUAAAGCAGAGAAGCUAAAAAAAGUCUGCAGGGAAAAAAAUCAACCUUGUGCUGCGGGCCGCUCGGAGUCACCAACACUGGAGACCCAUUAAGGGGGGGGAAAAACCUGGGAUUUUCUUAACCAUUUGUGUAUAUAUAGUAUAUUUAUAUAUAUAUAUAUAUAUAUAUACAUACUUGUGUGUAUGAUGUGUAGAUGUUACACGUACCUUACACACCGUCGAGGUUGUAUAAAAGUCUUUUUCGUGUAAAGAAAUGAUAGGAGAAGUUAUAUUGCACUGAUUUUGAGCAUUUUUGGAAAGGGCACUUUUUUCCCCCUCUUCCUUUCCCUGGAAGCCACAAAGAGAUAGAGCGGGGGGGGGGGAGCCUGGCCAGAAUUUGGGCACCUCAGAACAGGGCAGGGGGGUCCUGAUCUCUCUGGGUGAGAGAGGGUUGCCCACUCAGUCCUGUCCAGGAUCAGGCUAAGUUUUGCUUUCCGGCAUCCGGAUGGGGGAAAGGGGAGUUUUAAGGAGACCGAACGAGAAUGCCGGUUUAUAAAUGUAAUAUUGCAAAAAAAAAAAAAACCUGCAGUCUGAUCCUGAGGAUGAAUUAAAAAAAGAAAAAGAAAAAA